AAACGCCACUUUAGAUAAAAAUACUGAUAACCAAUCUGUGGAUGCAGUACAGUGGACCAGUGUACGUUUGACAUUCUGAGUUUUUGGUGGUUUAGCUUUAGCGGAGUAUAUAUGAGGGAGAAAUUAUUGUUUGGUAGUUAUUAGGAAGGUGUUAAAUCAUGAAUACAGUUUUCAUGCCCUAGUCUUAAUUGGUUUAGUGUAAUAUUGUGGUUUCGCCUUUAUUUCUAUGAUGUGCCUUUACCUUGUGUACCGUCGAUAGAUCUCGUACACAUCUCGUAGAUAGGUUUGUGCUCGAGAGGAAGAUGACGGUUUUAAUCUGCUACUGUGUUAUUGUUUCCACUUAAUUGCACGAUAACUAUAUUCAAGAUGACAACAAAUAUAAAGUCGGCCAAUGUUACCUUGAGGCCGAUUGAGGUGCCGAAAGCUUUGCAGGAUGGAGAGAAGUUCAUGAAAUGGGAGGAGGAUUCAGGCCAGACAGGCCUGCCAGUUACUCUGAGGGUGGAUGCCAAGGGGUUCUUCCUGUUUUGGACUGACCAGAAUAUGGAAGUGGAGAUGCUGGACAUUGCCACCAUCAGAGAUGUGAGGACAGGAAUCCACGCAAAGGUUCCAAAAGAUCAGAAGAUCCGGAACGUGGUGUUGUUCGGCUCGCAGGGCUCGUUGGAAGAGAAGACUGUGACCGUGUGCUAUGGGGCAGAUUUCGUCAACGUCACUUUCAUUAACUUCUGCUGCACGAGGAAGGAAAUUGCUCAGAUGUGGACCGAAGAGCUAUUUGCAUUGGCAUACAACCUGAACCAGCUUAACAAUCCCACCAUCAAGUUUCUCGAGAAGAUGCACACCAAGAUCACCCUUAAAGCAGACAAGUCUGGAAAAAUACUCGUUAAAAACAUCGUCCGCCUAUUUGCCCAGAACAAGGACGACAAGAAGCGGGUGGAGAAAGCCCUCAGCGAAUCGGGACUUCCUACAGGCAAGAAUGACACCAUCAGCCAAUCCAAGUUCCAGUUCGAGGACUUUUUCAACUUUUACAAGAGCCUCACGCAGCGGAGCGACGCGCAAAAGAUAUUCAACAGCCUAACGGACGGCAAGCCGCACCUGUCAGCGGCGCAGCUGGUGGAUUUCCUCAACGAGGUGCAGCGGGACCCGCGCCUAAACGAGAUCCUUCACCCGUACGCGGACAUCCAGAAAGCCAAGGACCUAAUCAAGGCGUACGAACACAACAAGUAUCACCAGCAGAGAUCGCAGCUAACGUUUGACGGAUUUUUAAGAUUCUUAAUGUCUGAGGAUAACCCAAUAGUGGCGCCCAACAAGUUAGACCUGAGCGACGACAUGGACCAGCCGAUGGCGCACUACUUCAUCAACAGUUCGCACAACACGUACCUGACCGGCCACCAGAUCACCGGCAAGUCCAGCGUCGAGAUCUACCGUCAGAGCUUGCUCGCCGGCUGCAGAUGCGUGGAACUAGAUUUCUGGAACGGGCGCACGGAGGAGCCGGUGAUCGUGCACGGCUACACGUUCGUGCCCGAGAUCAGUGCCAAGGAGGUGCUGGAAGCGAUCGCGGAGAGCGCCUUCAAAACCUCCGACUUACCCGUCAUACUCAGCUUCGAGAACCACUGCAACCCCCGCCAGCAGGCCAAGAUAGCCAACUACUGUCGGGAUAUAUUCGGCGACAAAUUGUUAGACCGCCCUUUGGACUCGCAUCAGCUCGAACCAGGAGGAGAACUACCGCCACCAUUGCUGCUUCGUAAUAAGAUUAUAAUUAAGAACAAAAAGAAACACCACCACCACCACAAGAAAGAGGACUCCUUGGCGUCCGAGGAGAGCGAGGCCAGGCCCGAGCCCCCCGUGCAGGGCAACGGAGACGUGUCUCACGGAAGUCUCGUGCGUCAGAGCUCGAAAGAGUCGUCAUCGUCGUCGGAGUCGGAGAGCUCGUCGGGCGAGGAGGAGGCGGGCGGCGCGGACGGCGGCGGCGAGGAGCCGCGCGAGACGCACGCCGGCGCCGAGAUCUCCGCGCUCGUCAACUACGUGCAGCCCGUGCACUUCAGCUCCUUCGAGAGCGCCGACAAAAAAGGUCGUUUCUACGAGAUGUCGUCAUUCGAUGAGAAGCAAGCAACAGCUCUCCUGAAAGAGCGACCGAUCGAGUUCGUGAACUAUAACAAACACCAACUGUCGCGAGUCUACCCCGCUGGCACGCGUUUCGAUUCCUCCAAUUUCAUGCCACAGGUGUUCUGGAACGCGGGCUGCCAGCUGGUGGCGCUGAACUACCAGACGCUGGACCUGGCGAUGCAGCUCAACCUGGGCACCUUCGAGUACAACCGCCGCUGUGGCUACCUGCUCAAACCGGAGUUUAUGCGGCGAAAGGACCGUCGCCUGGACCCGUUCGCGGAGAGCACCGUGGACGGCAUCAUCGCGGGCUCGCUGGCCGUGACCGUGCUGUCGGGCCAGCUGCUCACGGACAAGCGCUGCGGCACCUACGUGGAGGUGGACAUGUUCGGCCUGCCCGCCGACACGGUGCGCAAGAAGUUCCGCACCAGGGUCGCGCCCAACAACGGCAUCAACCCUGUCUAUGGGGAGGAGCCGUUUGUCUUCAAAAAGGUGGUGUUGCCGGAGCUGGCGAUGAUCCGGAUCGCGGCGCACGAGGAAAGCGGGCGACUACUCGGACACCGCGUGCUGCCCGUGGUGGGGCUUUGUCCGGGUUACCGGCAUGUCAACCUGCGCACCGAGCUGGGCCUGCCGCUACCCGCCAGCCUGUUCCUGCUGGUGGUGGUCAAGGACUACGUGCCGGACAAGCUGUCGGAGCUGGCGGAGGCGCUGGCCAACCCCAUCAAGUACCAGAGCGAGCUGGACAAGCGCGAGCACCAGCUGGCCGUGCUCACCGACGGCACCGACGAGCCGCGCCGCCCCAGCACCUACCCUCCUGUGAAGUCGCAGCUGACGAUGGACGGCAGCCCGCAGCGGCCGAGCGCCCCCGAGCCGGCCGCCGAGCCGCCGCCGCCGCCGGCCGAGCCCAAGGACGCGCCCGAGGAAACACCAGAAUGCAAAUCGAAUGGCGGCGCGGAGGAGCCGGUAUCGGAAACGCUGGACGCGCUGUUGUCGCUCAAGGUGGUGAAGGAGAAGCGCUCGGAGCUGGCGCGCAAGCUCGACGCGCUGCGGCGCAAGUUCGACAAGGAGAGGCGUCCGCUGUCGGCGUACGUUAGCACCAAGCUAGUCAAGAAGCUUUCAUCCAAGAAUAUCAUCGGCGAGGCGAGCUCGAGCGACGAAUGUGCAGGCGCAGGUGCGCCGGGUAGCGCUGAGGCCGUCGCCGCCGAGCGCGAGCUCCGGCUGCGCUACCACCACGCCAUCUACGCGGCGCUCGACAAGCACGUCAUGCUGGACCAGCAGCGGCAGAUGCGGGCGCUCACUGUGAGUACAUGUCACACGACAACCGUCGCCGCCGAGCGCGAGCUCCGGCUGCGCUACCACCACGCCAUCUACGCGGCGCUCGACAAGCACGUCAUGCUGGACCAGCAGCGGCAGAUGCGGGCGCUCACUGUGAGUACACGUCACACGACAACCGUCGCCGCCGAGCGGGAGCUCCGGCUGCGCUACCACCACGCCAUCUACGCGGCGCUCGACAAGCACGUCAUGCUGGACCAGCAGCGGCAGAUGCGGGCGCUCACUGUGAGUACACGUCACACGACAACCGUCGCCGCCGAGCGGGAGCUCCGGCUGCGCUACCACCACGCCAUCUACGCGGCGCUCGACAAGCACGUCAUGCUGGACCAGCAGCGGCAGAUGCGGGCGCUCACUGUGAGUACAUGUCACACGACAACCGUCGCCGCCGAGCGCGAGCUCCGGCUGCGCUACCACCACGCCAUCUACGCGGCGCUCGACAAGCACGUCAUGCUGGACCAGCAGCGGCAGAUGCGGGCGCUCACUGUGAGUACAUGUCACACGACAACCGUCGCCGCCGAGCGCGAGCUCCGGCUGCGCUACCACCACGCCAUCUACGCGGCGCUCGACAAGCACGUCAUGCUGGACCAGCAGCGGCAGAUGCGGGCGCUCACUGUGAGUACACGUCACACGACAACCGUCGCCGCCGAGCGGGAGCUCCGGCUGCGCUACCACCACGCCAUCUACGCGGCGCUCGACAAGCACGUCAUGCUGGACCAGCAGCGGCAGAUGCGGGCGCUCACUGUGAGUACACGUCACACGACAACCGUCGCCGCCGAGCGGGAGCUCCGGCUGCGCUACCACCACGCCAUCUACGCGGCGCUCGACAAGCACGUCAUGCUGGACCAGCAGCGGCAGAUGCGGGCGCUCACUGUGAGUACACGUCACACGGCAACCGUCGCCGCCGAGCGGGAGCUCCGGCUGCGCUACCACCACGCCAUCUACGCGGCGCUCGACAAGCACGUCAUGCUGGACCAGCAGCGGCAGAUGCGGGCGCUCACUGUGAGUACACGUCACACGGCAACCGUCGCCGCCGAGCGGGAGCUCCGGCUGCGCUACCACCACGCCAUCUACGCGGCGCUCGACAAGCACGUCAUGCUGGACCAGCAGCGGCAGAUGCGGGCGCUCACUGUGAGUACAUGUCACACGGCAACCGUCGCCGCCGAGCGGGAGCUCCGGUUGCGCUACCACCACGCCAUCUACGCGGCGCUCGACAAGCACGUCAUGCUGGACCAGCAGCGGCAGAUGCGGGCGCUCACUGACAUGCUGGACGCGGAAAAGAAGGAGGUCCUCAGCCGGCUCGCCAACGACCGCAACAAGGAAGUCAAGGCGCUCGCCAAGAAAACGAACCGGGACAAGGACGAGAUUCUUCGGAUAAAGCGGGAGAUUCACUCGCAGUCGGUGGAGCGCGGCGUGGCGGAGUGCUCGCAGCUGGAGCAGGCGUACGCCGCGCGCCGCGAGGCCCUGGCGCGCGCGCACGAGCGCCUGCGCAACGAGCUGCAGCGCCAUCGCGACCAGGAGCUGCUGGAGCUGGAGCGGCUGUGCGGGCCGCCGGAGGGCUAGAGCGGCCGGCGCGCGCCCGGCCCCCGUCUCCGCCCUCGCGGCCGCGCCGCGCCCCGCGCCGGCGUCCCCGCCCCCGAGGCUCUUUACUUUUGUUAGGAAUCUGUGAUAUUAUCGCCUAAGGAGAGGAACGUACGAGUGGAUCCCGUCUCCGGUCGAGUCUCGGCGACGGCAAUAUUGUUUCGAUUUCGUAAUCUCGUAGUUUUAUUGCGGACCGUUCUCUUUCGGCUCGCCCGCCGCGGCCGCGGGCGCUCGCAUGGCCGCGGCGCCCCGGCGGC